CCCAUAAUUAUUGGUAUGUUCUAUUUUAGCCGCCCUCGUAAGGCCUUCUUGUCUUUCUUGAAGAAGCACAAGGUACUAAGUCGAGUACAAAGUUCAUAAUGGCUGAACACACCUCCUCUAUGAGCAAGAAAGAUAAAGAGGAAGACCUAGAAGUAGAUGAAGGACAAGCUAAGAAGCGUGAAGAAGAGAAGGCUCAGGCCCAUCAGCUGGGUCUGGAGGCAAGGAGGAAGGCGGCAGACAAGCAGGAGGCACAGAGGGCCAACAGGAGUCCGGGUCCUCUCAGACAGGCAGAGGAGAAGCUACGGAAACUGGACAGCUCUGUCAAGAAGAACUCAACCUUUGUUAGGAAAUUGCGUACUCUGACUGAGCAACAGAGGACUAGUUUGACCUCUGACCUCAAAGGCCUAAAUCUCACAAAGUACAUCGAAGAAACUGCCACGAACAUAGCUGAAGCAAAACUGAAGCUGGCUGAUGUGGGCUGUGCUGUACACUUGAGCUCUGAGCUGCAUCAGAGGUACGAUGAGUUCUCUAGUCACCUCUUUGAUCACCUUCAGAAGAUCUACUCAACUGGUAUUGGGAAAGAUGAUGACAAGUCUGCGGUAAUAUCCAAAUACAGAAUUGGACUGCGUCUCAUGGGGGAGUUGGUGCUAGCCGGUGUGAUUAACGAGGAUCUAGGCCUCUCUCUCUUAACUGACAUGCUCAUUGCUAUAAUGAAGGCAGACAGUAAGGGCCACUCUUUCCUGGCUGUGGUGGUGAGCUUUGCCCGUCAUUGUGCUGAAGACCUGGCUGGUAUAGUACCCAGGAAACAGAGACUACUGCUCACUAAGUAUGGGAUUGAGCCACCUAUAUCUAGGUUGAUUCCAGCGAUAAAACAGAAAGAGUUUCUUGAGCUCUUCCGUAAGUACUUCAACCAUGUGAGGGACCAUCUGGUGGUCCAGCACAAGGCUAUGCACAAGAGGGAGCGUAGGAACAGGGACAUCAUCUUCUCCAAGGGAGAGCUCAAUGAGGAGAGGCAAACAGAGAAUGAGGCAGCUCAGAAGACAUAUGACAAGUUACUCACCAACACCUCCACUUUGGCUGAAGUGCUUGAUGAGGACAUGCCUGACCUGCCAGAGUACAAGGCCCCAGAGGAUUCAGACAUAUCCAUAGAGCUGCAGUUCCCAACUAUUGGUGCAGAGGGUCUGGACUCUGACCCCAACUCCCUGUGGGAGGAUGAAGAUGCCAGGUCAUUCUACGAGAACAUCACUGACAUCACCCCCUUUGUACCAGCUAUCCUAUUUGAAGGCAGAAAGAAGAAAAGCUCUGAGUCUGCUGAAGAGAGUGAUGAUAAAGCCACUGGUGGUGACACCGAGGAGGCCACUGAUGGUGGUGAAGACACUGAUGCUAAAGACUCGGAACCAACAGAGGAGCAAGAUGAAGAUGAGCUUUUGGAGCAGAUGAUCAAGGACACAGAGGCACUUGCACUAGAGGAGGACAUGAGCACCCCAGAAGAGCCGGAGGAGGAGAUAGGAGGUGGGCAGGGGGCGGAGACUUCAAGUGGGGUACUCUUGGACGAGUUCUUAGUCAGGCUCCCCAGACUGAUGAACAGGAAGUUUGUGGAUGAGUAUGCAGUGGAGUUUUGUAUGAGCCUGAAUACCAAGCUGAACAGACGGAAGCUGGCCAAAACUCUGUUCAUGGUGGAGAGAAAUCGUAUGGAUUUGAUCCCGUUCUAUGCCCGCCUGGCCGCCACCCUCCAUCAGUGUCUGGAUGACAUCACUCCCCUCCUGGUGGAAAUGCUCAUCAAAGAUUUACGAUUCCAGGUCUACAAGAAAGACCAGACUCGGAUUGACUCCAAGCUCAAGAAUGUCAGAUUUAUUGCUGAGCUUACCAAGUUCGGAAUGUGCCCCAUGAUUGAGACGAUGAAGUGUAUAACAAUUUUAUUGCACAAUUUCACUCACCACAACCUGGAAAUGGCGUGUCUGUUCAUUGAGCAUUGCGGUCGCUUCCUACUCCGAUCCCCAGACUCCCAUCUCAGAGCAAAGGCUCUCCUGCAAAUCAUGAUUCGUAAGAAGCAGGUGCAGCACUUGGACCCUCGACAAAUUGGCCUGGUAGAGAAUGCCCUCUACUAUGCCAAUCCCCCGGUGACUUCACAGAUGGUCCACGAGAAACUCCCCCCCAUGCAGGAGUACAUCAGGAAGCUCCUCUACAAGGAUCUCACAAGGAUCAGCAUUGAGAAGAUUCUUCGUCAAAUGCGCAAGCUACCAUGGGGAGAUGGGGAGGUGUACCAGUGGGCAGUGACUGGACUCACUCAUAUAUGGAAUGUCAAGUACAACAACAUUCACUGCAUGGCCGACCUAAUGGCUGGCCUUAAGUCUUAUCAGGAGGAUGCAUGUGUGCGAGUGGUUGAUGGUGUACUGGAAGAUAUUCGGUUAGGUCUAGAACUCAACCUGCCCAAGUUGAACCAGCGCCGAGUCAGCACUCUCAAAUAUCUUGGAGAGCUCUACAACUAUCAGCUUGUCGAGUCCAAUGUCAUAUUUCGUACGCUCUACCUGCUUCUAUCCUUUGGAGCCCACCCUGACGGGAGCCCCUCUCCUCUUGAUCCACAAGGCUCCUAUUUUAGAGUGCGUCUCAUUUGCCUCCUGUUGGACACUUGCGGCGUGUAUUUCGAUCGAGGUAGUGCUAAAAAGCGCUUGGACACCUACCUGGUCUUCUUCCAGUGCUACCUGUUCAGCAAGCGUCAACCCCUCCCCCUGGAGGUGGAGCAUCUGGUGGCUGACUGUUUGGAGAUGCUGCGACCAGACCUGGAGGUGUACGAGACACCAUUAGAGGCACACGAGGCUGCUCUUGCACUGGAGGCGAAAUUCAAAGACAAAAUUGGGCACAGUCAGGAUAUGGAGGAGGAAGGAGAUGAUGAAGAAGAGGAGAGGGGAGGCGGGCGUGGUCGAUCAGAGGAAGAGGAGGAGGAGGAGGAAGAUAAAGAUGAGGACGAUGAGGACGAGCCUUCCGGCGUGGACUCAGCUAAAAUGUUUGAAGAGGAGACAAUAACAGCUGGGCCCAAAUUGAUCUCUUGCCACGAGGACGAUGACUUUUUGUCCACUCUUGACAAACUCAUGAUUGAUGACAGUGUGUCCGUGGGGGUCAAAGGAGGAACAACAGUGGAGGCUGCCAUCCCACUACACCUAAAAGGGGGAGGAACCAAAGUGACGACUGCGCCUCUUUAUCAUGAGGGAGGGGAGUUGAAAAUGACAUUUAAACUGAUGACAAAGAAAGGAAAUAAACAACAGCUGAAGGAGCUCAAGAUCCCGGUGGAGUCAGGGCUGACUGCUGGACUAAUGGAGGGCAGAGAGGCACGACACGACGAACACAAACAAAUGAAAGAGUUGGUACUUAACUAUGAGCGAAAACAAGAGGAGGAAGCCUAUCAGUCUAUGAUUGCCGAAACAGCUAUGAAGCUCCAUGGCAGAUUAAAGCAACCAAAGAAGUCAGCAGAGCCUAUCACUAUCAAGAAGCCCCCCUCUAAUCCAUCAAUGAAGCAACAACAACCACAGCAAGCAAUUCCUCAGAGGGAGCACCGAGAACAGAGAUACGACAAUCGUGGUGUUGAUAGUCGAUAUCGUGGUGAUAGCCGAGGGAGAGGCAGGGGAAGGGGAAGAGGAAGAGGUGGAGGAGGGAGGGGCGGUACUGGUGGAGGAGGGAGGGGCGGUACUGGUGGAGGAGGGAGGGGUGGUACUGGUCAGAGGAAUUGGCAUGAGGCGGCACGAAAGGAACAAGACCAUCAAGAAUAUUGACCGAGUGGACACAAAGUGACUCCCGCUGUGGUGAUAUAAUGUGGAGCAAUGCAGAUUUGAUUUGGUUGUGCUCUUGAGAGAAAGACUGAACUUAUUAGUGCUAUAUUUUAUUUGUGCUACAUGUAUGCUGUUUAUAAAUAUUUGUAUAUUAUAUGCUUUUUUUUUAUGUUGAAUAAUUAAAUGUACUGUUCUAAUUA